AUGGCUAUUUAUGCCAAGCCCCCCACUGGGGCCUGGUUUGAAAAAGCAGCAGCUUUCAUCUUGCAGCAGCAAGACUCAAUGGUGUCUGAAAACAAUUUUGUGCAACCUGCGAUUCCACGCUUUGACGAGACGCAGAGAAAGACAUUGGAGGAGCAAAGAUUGAAGGAUUUGAAGACAAAGAACUACCUGUUUCAAGCAAUAGAUCGUGUCAUCCUGGAAACGAUCCUCAAGAAGGAUACUGCUAAGGAUAUCUGGGAUUCCAUGAAGACGAAGUAUCAAGGUACAGCACGAGUAAAACGUGCCCAACUUCAAGCUCUUCGUAAAGAGUUUGAGAUUUUCCACAUGAAGGAAGGAGAGUCAGUUAAUGAUUACUUUGCAAGGACAUUGGUGAUCGCAAAUAAGAUGCGUAUUCAUGGCGAAAAAAUGGAAGAUGUUGCAGUCAUUGAGAAAAUUCUUCGCUCAAUGACACGCAAAUUUGACUAUGUGGUGUGUUCCAUUGAAGAAUCGAAUGACAUUGACAGCCUUUCGAUUGAUGUGUUAAAAAGUUCAUUGUUGGUUCAUGAGCAAAGGAUGACUAGUCAUGUUGUGGAGGAGCAAGCCUUGAAGAUCACCACUCAUGAAGGAACAUUUCCAGGCAGAGGUAGAGGACGCGGGGGAUUUCGAGGAAGAGGCAUAGGCAGAGGACACCAGCUUUCUUACAAUCAAGGAGCACAAUUUGACAAGGCAAGUGUGGAAUGCUUUCACUGUCAAAAGUUUGGGCACUAUCAAUAUGAAUGCCCUGACAAAGAGAAGGAAACUAAGGUGAAUCUUGCUGAGACCGAAGAAGAAAUUCUCUUGAUGGCUUACAUCGACAAAAAGAAGAACCCAUCAGGUGAUACUUGGUAUUUAGACUCCGGCUGCAGUAAUCAUAUGUGUGGUAAUAAACUCUUGUUCUCUGAUCUAGAUGAAAAUUUUAGAGAAAAUGUGAAGCUUGGAAAUAAUUCUAGCAUCUGUGUUAUGGAAAAGGGUUUCGCAAUCCUUAUUCAGAAGGACAACUGUCAGAUUCAUCAUCCGGAGAAGGGGCUUUUUGCACAAGCCCAAAUGACAACAAAUCGGAUGUUCCCUCUAUACACACAGAUUCCACAUGAUGAUCAAACUUGCUUCACUUCAACCACACAAGACACAACAUGGAUGUGGCACUAUCGUUAUGGGCACCUAAACUUUAAUGGAUUGAAGACCUUGGAGCAAAAGAAGAUGGUAAGCGGACUGCCUCAAAUUCAGACUCCUUCAAAGGUAUGUGAGGAUUGCAUUAUUGGAAAGCAGCAUCGUGACUCAUUUCCAAAAAGGAGUACAUGGGGAGCUACAGAAGUACUGCAAUUGGUUCAUUCAGAUAUAUGUGGACCAAUUAACCCAACGUCAAACAGCAACAAAAGAUUUCGUGCACAUGUUGAAAAAGAAACUGGAAAUUGCAUAAAGAUUAUUCGUACUGAUCGUGGCGGUGAAUUCACAUCACAUGAAUUUACUAACUUAUGUGAAAUGAAUGGAAUUCGUAGACAGCUUACAGCAGCCUAUUCACCACAGCAAAACGGGGUGGCAGAGAGGAUAAAUCGUACUAUUAUGAAUAUGGUACGAAGCAUGUUGACAAAGAAAGACAUCCCAAAGAAGUUCUGGCCAGAAGUUAUCAACUGGAGUGUUCAUAUUUUGAAUAGAAGCCCCACACUUGCAGUUAAAAACAUGACACCUAAAGAAGCAUGGACCGGAUGCAAACCAGCUGUUGAUCACUUCAGAAUAUUUGGAUGUCUAGCCUAUGCACAUGUAUCGGAUCAGAAAAGAGGCAAACUUGAUGACAAAAGUGUGAAAUGUGUCCUACUUGGUGUUAGUGAAGUAUCAAAGGCAUAUAGGCUGUACAAUCCAGUCACUCAGAAGAUCAUUAUCAGCCGUGAUGUUGUGUUUGAUGAAGGUAGUAGUUGGAAUUGGAGCAACACUGUAUCUGAAUCAAUUCCAUUUGAUUUAGAUAUUAAUGACGAAAGAAGGACUGAUGCACAAAUUCUAGAAGAUAUCUUGCCAAAUGUUCCAGCAAGUGAAAACAUAACAAAACAUGAAGCACAAACUUACAGAGAUACGAUGUCAAAUGUUUCAGCAAACGAACCUUCUGAAGGCCAACCUUCAAACUCAGAUACUCAAUGGAUCAGAAAAAGGCCUGUUUGGAUGAUAGACUAUGUAAGCGGAGAUGAAUUAUCGGAUGAUGAUAAUGUUGCUCAUCAUGCUUUGUUCGCAGACAGUGAUCCAGUGCUCUUUGAGGAUGCUCUUAACGAGAAAGGAGAGGUUGACAAAUACAAAGCGAGACUGGUGGCAAAGGGAUACAAGCAAGAAUAUGAUGUUGAUUAUGCUGAAGUCUUUGCACCGGUUGCAAGACUUGACACCAUUCGUUUGGUGGUAUCAUUGGCAGCACAGAACUAUUGGCCAGUUUAUCAACUUGACGUGAAAUCAGCCUUCUUGCAUGGUGAGUUAAAUGAGAAAGUUUUCAUUGACCAGCCUCUAGGUUAUGUGCAAAAGGGGAAUGAGAAGAAGGUGUUCAGACUGUAA